CCUCUUUUUUAACCCCGACUUCCGCCGUUACUCAUUUGGCGUCAGAAGCCAAUCACGAGUUGGCUAUCUUGCAUCAAUCUUUUUUCGCCAUCUUUUUUUAUAUAUUGACACCGUUGCUGUCCAUUUGUCUCGGUUCACAACAUCAUGGACAACGAUACCACGGCAAUAGAAGCCUACACUUCACCCCCUCGAAAGUCUCGAGACACACCAUCACUAGCAUCAUCCGAGUCGCCCACGACGCCAAACUAUAGAGCCUGGUUGAUGUGGUGGAACACGGAUGAAUGGUGGCCUUGCUGGAUCGGUCUCUUGUUCUUUGGUUGCAUUACCACCGCGGUUAGUCACGGCGUACCACAACCAGAAUUUCUGCCUUGGAAAGUCAAUCCUUUUUCAACUUUUGCCACACCAGGCAACUAUGGCAUUAUCGUUCUUUUCUUUGCUGUGGGACUGUUGCUAUGGCUGGCCUUGGCCGCCGUACGUACCCCAGCCUGGCGAAUCUUUCCCCUCGGCUAUGCCAUCCUCUUCUUCGUCGCUUUGGUCAGCAAAAUAUUGGCAGCAAAUGUGACACUUCACAAGGCAAGCAUUGGGGAUUCCAUUUGGGCCAUUAUUUUUGGAUGCACGCUUCGCAACCUUAUUUCGCUGAGAAACCAAAAUGCACCCAUGCCGUCGUUCUUAAAAGUCGCGCAGCAGACCGAAUUUUAUAUUGCCACGAGUCUUGUCUUGUUAUGCAUUGACAUCCACGUACUGCGACCGCUGGCUCCGCGAGCUUUGUUUAUUAGCUGGAUUGAUACCCCUUCCCUGUUUAUGAUUGUCGCUCUGUUUGGCUGGCGCUUCUUACGCAUUGACAGACAAACCGCCAUCAUCAUGUCCGGUGCCACAUUUAUUUGCGGCUCUUCCGCUGCCAUCGCAUUGGGUGCCAGUAUGGGCGUACCCCAUAAAACGGAAAUGCCUAUUGCGAUCAUCUCCAUAUUCACCAUUCCAAGUAUUAUCGCGCUACCGUACGUGGCCAAACGAUUGGGUUUGUCCGCCACGGUCAGCGGAGCCUGGUUCGGAGGCUGUGUGGAUUCCACCGGAGCAGUGAUUGCCUCGGCGAGUAUCUACGGCGAUAAAGACGCCGUCAAUACUUCGGCUGUGGUAAAGAUGAUGCAGAAUGUACUCAUAGGACCGUUGUCCGUGGCCAUGGCCUGGGCAUGGUCACGAUAUGAACUUCAAGCCGCUUACAAAAAGGAAGAAGAAUUACUACGACAUGCAGGCCAUGUUGAAGACGCAGAAACAGGCAGCACCGACGUCCCAAUGACAGACAUCGAUCACAGUCGCAAAUCUCGGUCACGCCAGCCAUCCUCGGCACGGCGAGAAACGGCUUUAGAACUACUGUGGAAACGCUUCCCCAAGUUUGUUCUAGGCUUUCUCAUCACAGCCGUACUGUUCAAUACCGUCAUUGCCAGCGAUGCUCAGAAGAGAAUCGAUGUGAACAAUUUCUGCUUCUACGUGUCUGAAUGGUUUUCGACGCUUUCUUUUGUGAGCAUCGGCCUGGGACUUCAUCUUAAUGAGAUGAAGCGCAAUAUUCGGAGUCUGGGUAAACUAUGCAGCCUUUAUGUGAUUGCCCAACUUGUUGAUAUCGCCAUCACCGGCGUCCUGGCCUGGACCGCCUUUGAAUUUAUGUAAAUACAAUCAAUUUAAAUAAUAAACAUAGGAAAACCCCCAGAUUAUCA